GUUUUUUGUUUGAUUCUGGUUUUUGUUCCCUAAGAUCAAUUAUUAAUUAUUCUGUGAUAAAAUCUAUUAAUAAUUCUUUGUUUUCUUUUUAUUAAAAUUAUAAAUUUAUUAGUACGUUCUUGUUUCGGCUAAUAAACACAACACAAUAACAUGUCAUCUCUACAACCCAUUCAUGCUCUUAGUUUAGAUUCAGUCCAGCAGCAAGCAUUUAUAAAAUACUUCAAUUCGCUACCUGAAAAACCCCUUACUACGGUGCGAAUCUUUGACCGCAAUGACUACUACAGCGUGCACGGUGUCGAUGCUCACACGGCGGCAAGAGAAGUAUUCUCCUCAAUUUCAAACAUCAAGAAGAUGGGCAUUGAACCCAACAAGCUGGAUUACUUAGUGCUCUCUAAAGGAAACUUCGAGAUUCUCAUUAAAAAACUGUUGUUGGUAAGACGUUACAGAGUCGAAAUAUAUGUCGCAGAGGGAUCAGUGAAAAACAGUGACUGGUCUCUCAAGUACAAGGGUUCUCCUGGUUGCCUUUCCCAGUUGGAGGAAGUACUCGGGGAAGGAUUAGGUGCCUCAGAAGAGAACUCGCCAUGUCUCAUGGCAGUGAAUAUUAAAACCGAUGCUGUGAGUAAAGGCCGUUUGCUAGGCGUCGCCUGUAUAGUUGCGGGUGAUUAUCAGAUGUCAGUAGUGGAAUUCACAGAUGACGAUCUAUUGACCGAGCUUGAAACCAUUACAGUACAAAUGGCACCAUCUGAGUGCCUUGUGCCACAAACUGAAAAUGAUGAUUACAAAGCUUUAAAGCAAGUGAUGGCCAGAGCUGGGGUUACAAUAACUAAGUUGAAAAAGGGCGAGUUUUCCACCGAAGGCUUACAUCAAGACUUGACCAGGCUGUUGAAGUUCAAAGAGAAUCAACAACAAGACGCCAACGCAUUCCCUGAGACUAGGAAGGAAAAUGCCAUGUCGAGUUUAGCCGCUGCCAUUAAAUAUAAUUCAUUGUUGAACGAUAGCACCAACUUCGGAAGAUUUCGUAUAUCAACGAUCCAGGCGGAUUGUUUUCUACAUUUAGACGCGGCCGCGCUAUCAGCUUUGAAUGUAUUUCCUGAACUAGGCGAUUCUUCGCACACACCCUCUAGGAGUUUGUACGGAUUGCUCGAUAGAUGUCGCACGCAGCAAGGAAAGCGUUUACUAGCCCAAUGGCUGCGUCAGCCGCUUCGAGACAUAUAUCUAAUCAACGAACGCUUAGAAAUCGUAGAACUUUUAGUAAAUAGUUCUCAAUUACGCUUACAAUUGCACGAAGACCAUUUGCGUAGAAUACCAGACCUGCAAGCCCUGGCUAGAAGGCUAACGAGAAAGAAGGCUAAUUUACACGACUGCUAUAGGAUCUAUCAGGCUAUAAAAAGGCUGCCGUCGUUACUGCAAUGUUUGGCUGAAGCAAACAACGCCACCGUCCACUCUUCUCUCUCGGAACCAAUAUCAGAGUUGAACGACGACCUUGAUAAAUUCCAACAGAUGAUUGAGACCACUAUGGACAUGGAUGCAGUCGACAGAGGGGAUUAUCUUGUGAAACCGUCGUUUGACGAUUUACUACAAAACCUAAGCAAACAGUUGGAACAACUCCAGUCAUCUGCCGAAAGGGAAUUGAACAAAGCGGCCAAGGACCUAGGCAUGGACGCCGGGAAGAUAAUCAAAUUGGAAUACAACCCACAGGCUGGUUACCAUUUCAGGGUCACUUUAAAAGAAGAACAAGCACUCAGAGGCAACAAAAAAUACACGAUUAUAGACGCUGUCAAAGGCGGCGUAAGAUUUAAAACCAGCAAAUUGGAAGAUAUUACAGAGGAGUACACUCAAACGAAAUCGUCUUACGAAAAAGAACAAGACAAAGUUGUCACUGAAAUCGUCGGGAUCGCUGCUGGCUACUCCGAAUGCCUCUUCUGUUUAUCUCACAUAUUAUCUCGACUGGAUGUGUUAGUGGCAUUCUCCGUAGCUACUUCCUCUGCUCCUUAUCCUUAUUGCAAGCCGGUGUUCACUGAAAGCUUAAACGAAUUAGUACUUAAGGAUGUGAGGCAUCCAUGCUUGGAGGUGCAAGAAGGAAUCUCCUAUAUUCCUAACGAUGUGACCUUUAAGAGAGGUUCUUGCGUUAUGCAUAUAGUAACGGGCGCGAAUAUGGGCGGUAAAUCCACUUGGAUGCGAUCGUGUGGAGUGGCCGUUUUGAUGGCGCACGCGGGUUGUUUUGUACCGGCUUCUGAAGCGAUAGUUCCUAAACUGAGGGCUUUGGCCGCUAGAGUAGGCGCGGCCGAUAGGGAAGACAAGGGGCAGAGCACUUUCAUGUUGGAAAUGAUAGAAUCCGCUGCUAUACUCAGGACAGCCACACCAGAUUCUCUGGUGCUCGUUGAUGAAUUGGGACGAGGCACAUCCACAUACGAAGGCUGCGGGAUCGCUUGGGCUAUUGCUGAGGAGUUGGCGACCAAAUCGCAAUGCUUCUGUCUGUUCGCGACUCAUUACCACGAAUUGACGCGUCUGCCGAGUCUCCAUCCGGGCGUGAUAGUGAACUCUCACGCGGAAGCGUCCGUCGUCGAUCAACAGUUGAUAUUGCUGCAUAAAAUAUCCCCGGGGCCGGCCACUAACUCCCUGGGCUUGCAUGUCGCCAAAUUGGCAGACUUACCAGACUCGAUCAUUGAGUAUGCUGAGGCAAAGCAAGCUCAACUCGAAACGAAUCUCUUCGAGGUUGAAGCUGCGGUAAAAUCUCAAGAAGUUGGCGAUGGACAAAAACUUAUACAGGAUUUCCUGAAGAAAUGCAAAGAAAUUCAAAAGUCAACGGCAUCGGACGACGCCAUGAUGAACGAAAUAGGGAAAUUGAAACAGAAUCUCUUGCUGAAUAACAAUAAAUAUGUACAGUCACUGAUUUCAUAAUAUAACGACAUUGAUUGAUCGGUCAAAGAAUAAAUAAAUUUACUUUAUUCUUUUCAAUAUUAUUAUGUGUUACAAAAUAAU